AUGUACCCUUCGCGUAUCUUGAGGAUGCAGCCUACCCGGCCCUAUGCCUUCCCUACUCCCAAGGAAGGCCAGGCCGCUCACACCAUCUCCCAGCGUCUGCGCACUCUCAAGAAGAUCCCUCCGGAGUUGCUCCCUCUCGGUGUUGUCCUUGGUGUCGCCGUCGGAGCCGCCAUCUACUCCAGCACCAAGAAGCUCAUGACUGACAAGACCCUGCGUCUGUCCCCCAACCGUCCCGAGGACCGCGAGCACUAA